AUGUAUGGCAAGGAGAGCAUUUCGGAGCUGGACACGAUCGCGAACGUGAUAGGUUUGCGGGGCGUUGGGAGCUCGACGUUAAUGACGUUCGUCGAGAUGUGGUACCACAUCUUCCUGUGGGCCCUCUUUUCGUCCAUUUUCGUGCACACGUGUGCCGCGGUCAUUGCAUUCGUGACGCUGCGGAAGCACAAGUUCGGGCGCUUCUUCUCAAUCUUCAUCCUUGUGAUGGGCGUACUGUCGCCGGCAACCGGUGGCGUUGUUAGCAGCACCGUCAUUGCCUUCGUACACCGGGCAUCCAACUUUCAGAUGUCACCGAUCAUGGCGAUGAUCUGGGGCGUCGGGCAGACGAUUGUGUCCGCCUGCUUCGGCUUUACGCGUAUCCUAGCAACCCUGUAAGCGCGGUCCUGCAUCCGUCUCACUGGGCGCAUUGCACCAGGAGAUCCUUCUGAAGACUGUUUUAACGCCUGCUGGCCUGCUCCAUUCAUGUGUGUCCGUGUGUGCGUGUGUAUGUGUGCAUGUGGAAUGAUUGUGAUAAAAGUGCGUACUUUGCGCAUCUCCAGGUGGGGGCAGCGAGAUCAACAAGUUGAAAUGGUAAACGAUACACAUCACAACACAUCACCUGUAGAAGAGGAGAGGAGAGGAGAGGAGAGGAGCAGUUCAAUCACACACUGCGCACGUUAAUCCAGCAAAUCCGUUGCGAACAGGUUUAGCAUGAAUUGGAGGAACAGUUUGAACAUAAAUCUUAGGAAAAAUUCUAAAAAAUACCAAUUGUACUCUACAACACCGCUGACACGGAUCUACACACGCGCACAUACGAAACAUGCACCUGUGCAAACGGAAUAGCGGAAACAAUAGGAAGCGCACGUCACGCUGCCCAUGGAUUUCGGCAAAAGCCACGAAGGAUCGGUGUGAUGAUAAGGGAAGAAUGGGGAGGGGGAAGAGGAGGAGGAAGGAGUGGCGCGGAAAGGGAAGAGUAAUCUAUACAAAAUAGCCACAAUUAAUCUAGUAAUCAACGGAGGCAAACGAAUCGACAAAUAGUGAUGAUCCAAAUAUCUUAAGUAAGCUACGCUAGUUAUAUUAUACAUACCGCAUUCGUUGUACGUUGCGUAAAACUGAUCUACGUUGGCGGUAAAGUAUCACCAGGGCGAUUACGGGGCGCAGUUCAUCGUCGACACAAAUUUGCGCGGGCGCCUCCCCGCAGCGAUGGUGUCGGGAGGGGGGCGGGGGGAUAUACUCCCCACCCAAAGGCACACCAAAGGAUGCACUGGAAGGCGUCGCGGUCGUCGGGACAGAACGGAACCAAUAUACUUUUUCGUGGAAGGCUUGUGGCAUAGAGGCAAGGGAGAAGUUUUGAUUUGUAUAUUUUGUCAGUUCUAUAGUAGGAUUUAGUCCGUUGAAUCGCUUCGAGGGCGAUUGGUAUUUCCGUUCCGUAAAUUCUGGCCCCUUCUUCCCACUCCUCCACCCAAAACAAUUUUCCCAACACACCAAGCCAUUUUUUUUUAUUCCACGUCUCCACCAGGAUGAGAGGAUUAGUGUUUAAGUUUUACGGUGAUCGAUGAUCGAUAGUCAGCAGCUAACCUGGGAGGGAGCAAACGAGCGAAAUAAUGCAAAUAAACUGAAUCAAUUCAACCAACAA